GCUCCUUUUGAGAUGAAAAUUUUAAACGGGCCCUUAAUGGGUGUGAAGUCCAUUGGUUUAAGCCCAUAAAAUAUGUACAAAACCAGAGACCGGGGCAGAAAGCACAGAAAAAAGAGGAGAUGAGAGGAGUUGGAGGGCCUUUGCUUACCAUAGGGGAUCUGCUAAGCGACGUGGGGGAUGAAUCCGGUGCAGCUCCAGACCACCUCCACCACCAUGAUACCACUCUUCCAUCACCAUCAUCAUCAAUUUUUGAUGCCAAUGAUGUCCCUCAAUCCUUGGACCUCAUCAAACUCUUCCAGGAAAACUAUGAGAAAUUGAAUGAGGCACUUUCUGGUUCGGACCACUCAUGGACAGCUCUAACUUUAAAGCUAUGCACUGCUCUGGAAACUGCAAACAAGUUGGUUCAGUCCACUGACACAAAUAUUAGGUUGCUGUCAGAGAAGGUUGCAGAGCUUGAGAAAAUUGUCAAGAGGGGAGAUGCUGCAAUUACAGCGGCCAGGGCCAUCUCUAUCUCCCUAAACCAAAAAGGAGGAUCAUAUGUCGGUAGUCAGGAGAAGGAGCAAUCUAGGUCUCAUCAAGAACAUGUGAAGUCAUAGUCCUCGUGUUACUUCUUGCUAGCAUUAUUGCUUGGAAAAGGUCCCAGAUAUGAUUCUGGAAGAGGAGACUCCAAUCUUUUUAAAGUGAACUUUUGUAGGUACGUAUUGUGCAUUUUGCUUGCUUAGACCACAUCUCGGGACAUAGAGCAAUUAUAUAGAUAGAGUGAAGUUACAUUACCAUAAAUUGCACUGGUGUUGUAAGCUUAAAACUCAAGGCAAGCAAUCCAUGUAAAAACGAUUGAUCGUUUUGUUUGAAUAUAUUAGAAUGAAUGAUAGUUGAUGAGAGAUUGUUGCCUAGUGCAGCCAGCUAGGUAAUUUCUGAAAGAUGAAAUAACGUAUAUAUCUCUGGACUGUCAUCAACAAAUGUGGAUAGCAACGUGUCAACUAAACUUCCCUCGAAGAUCCUAUGAAUGAAUGGCUAUGCCGUUCCCUAUCAAACAUUUCGGUGAGCAAGGGUUAUAACUGCCUGUGGCAUUUGCAUAGAGUUUCAAGCCUUUCAAGUUCUGCCAGAUUAUAUUAGGUUUUCAGGGGGCUGUCUUGCAUCAGGGUUAUUGUAGAUUGGUACCAAGCCCACCGUGCUGUCCAGUUUCUUGGUGCUGUUGUUGUAAAAUGCAGGCUGAAACUCACCAGCCCCAUUGUACUAGGUUGGGUCCAAAGUCCAAUUAAUCAACUUCAAGCCCAUAGUUUAAGCGCUGACAUAAUUACUAAUUAC